CUCAAAUUGAGCCUGUAACCUUGAAUGCAGACAAUCCCGACAUUUUCUUCUCUAGUUCCCUUCUUUUAAUUUACUAGCUCUAAUCCCGUGUUUCUCUCUGUCCUUGUCUGAGUCUCGCUGGCGAUAAUCCACGGACUUGCUCCAGUCAUGGAACAGAUGCAACAACAGCUGCUUCAGAACCCUUUCCAUCACCUUGAUGUUGUUGCAAAGGAGGUGUCAACUGCCCUGACUUCUGCAAAAUGUCGCCAUGGAUUUGUUAAUGGAUAUGCGGCAUCUCUUGUUGGAGGAACAAGGCUCACAGAUGAUGUCGAUGUGAUCGUAGAUGCUGAUCCAGCUGAAGCCCGGAACCUACUACUCAGAGCGAAUUCCUGCUUCCAAGUGACCCAAGCGAACAAACUUGUCUUCAUUGGUGAAGCUGAUGCUACAAGCAUCGAGCUCCUGCGUGGCGGCCAGACUCAGCAGUUAAAACUGCCUGAGGCAAGCUCCGCCCCCCUCCAUGAGGUGACGCACGGUGAGCUCUCGGGACGCAUUGACGAUGACAAGCCCAUUCCGAUAAUUCACCCGUCCGUCCUUGUCUUGACUAAAACGAAGAGGUGGGCGAUCUAUGCAGAAUCUACCAGGCCGAAAAGUCUGAAAAAGGCCAGGGGUGACGUUGCUGAUAUCGAAACAAUACUGGAAUGGCUUGCUAAACAUAACCUUUGUAUCAACUUCACCGGCUACCCCGAAAAGCCGAAGGAAGAGCUGAUUUGCGGGGUCCGGAAACUGUAUCAGAUGAACGUUGCCAUUCGCCCUCUUCUGAAGUCUACCAUGGAGCCACAAGAUUUCGGUAGAAUCAGUAGCUAG